AUGUCCUCACCAGCUUGCAAAAAGCUUCUGAUCUUUGGAGCAACUGGACUUAUUGGGAGUCGCAUCACUCGUGAGCUUGUUCGAAACAAGUCCAAAUUCGAGCGCAUCGCUGUAUUCACCUCACCCGGAACCUACGAGUCUAAGGCCAGCGAAAUCCAAGGCCUGGAAAAGGAAGGGGUGGAUAUCAUAGUAGGCGAUGUGACCAAAUCAGAGGACGUGGUCAAGGCAUACCAAGACAUCGACACUGUCAUCUCUGCAGUUGGCAGAAAUGUGAUUGAACAUCAGGUUGAGCUGGCUCGUCUCGCCAACGAGAGUCCUUCGGUUCACAGGUUCUUUCCGUCCGAGUAUGGGACUGAUGUCGAGUACGGACCAGCUUCAGCUCACGAAAAACCACACCAAAAGAAGUUGCAGGUGAGGGCGGCGUUGCAGGCAUGUGACAGCCUAGACUAUACCUAUGUGGUUGUUGGCCCCUACGCGGAUGGAGAGCCAGGUCUCUACUUCGGCGCCAAUCCCGUUGUCAAGGAAGCCGGAACAUUCGACGUUAAGAAUAAAGAAGCUGUGUUGCUCGGGGAUGGGAAUAUAAAGAUCAGCUUUACUACCAUGAAAGAUGUCGGCAAGCUUGUCGCUCUCGCUGCCCUCCAUCCGGAGGCAAGUCGGAACAAGGCCCUUCGAGUCAACUCCUUUACAGCCACCGAUUCGGAGAUACUCAAGGAGUUUGAGAAGCAGACAGGCGGACAGCCCUGGAAGGUGUCCUACACCAGCCUCGACACUUUGAAGAAACUUGAACAGGAAGCGUGGGACGCUGGAAAGCCAUAUGCUACUAUUUUCACUCUGAAGAGGAUCUGGGCCGAAGGCGGCACUCUGUACGAUAAGCGAGACAAUCAUUUGAUCGAGGCGGAGAACGUCAUGGAGACGUUGGCAGAUGCUGUUGCCGAGGCCAUUAGAGUUCAAACGAGUUGA